CUCCCAUGUUUUGGAACCACGCCAUGAUCUGAAUGAGCAAGCAAUGAACGGUGGGUGCAAGAACUGAAAAUGUUAAAGCGUUAAAAAUGUCCCAGUACCCUGAGGGCGGCAUGGGUGCUGGGCGUGGUUCAUCCGGAUUGGCCCUGACCCACAACCGAGCCAACAUUGGUAGGAUGUUGCAUAUAUGCAUGAAACACACACAGACAUACUACGACUACGACACCCAUCAGAUGGCCAAGAAAAGAAGAACGUCCUCCGUCAGCGGCGAACCGUCCACGCACGCCGAAUUGCCGACCAACAAACCCAAGAAAAUCAAAUGGUCUGAGGAUCAAGUCAAGACUAAAGAUUCGAAGGAUGGCAACAAACUCAAGAAGGAGCGCUCACCGGAUAAGAAGAAGACCUUGCCUUGGAAGGAUCCAAAGAAGAAAGAGCCCGCAGCAGAGCCGGACCAGAGAAAGUUCAAAAAACCCAAAAACCAACCCACCGACCCUCCACGACUCCCAACUUCGACUGCAGACGAGAUCGAUUUUCCCCGUGGUGGUGGAAUCCAGCUAACCGCGUACGAACAGGCGGAGGCAAAGAGAGAUGGCGCACAGGAAGCUGAACGACACCUCCAUUCACUCGAGCCUUCCCAACCGAAACCUCACUCGAAAAAACGCACCCUAUCCGAAUCGAAAACCACCGACUCGGGCAAAGCAAAAGGGAAAAAGCGUGCACAGGACGAGGAACCCGGUAGCCAUAUCGCAGAUGCCUAUCGAGUCGAACAUCUCAACCACAAACGUCUCAUCCCCGGGAUCAAGCUUGCCGGCAUGAUCAUCCAAGUCCGACCGCUCGAACUUAUCGUCGCCCUCCCAAGUCAUUUACUCGGCCAUGUGCCGAUUACCGAAAUCUCUCGUCAAUAUACCCAAAGAUUGACCGAAACAGCUGAAGACGACGAAGGAUCGGUUGCAAGUAAUAGCGAUAGUGAUCGGACGGAAAACGCGCUCAAGGGCUUAGAUGAGAUGUUUACCGUGGGCCAAUGGAUCCGUUGCUCUGUGAUCAAAACCGCGACCGAAAUACCCAAGGGCAGUCUUCGAGCAUCUCCGCUGGUCCGUUCUGCGUUGAAGGUCACCCUAACCAUCGAUCCCGUCCACAUCAACUCUGGAAUCGAUAAAUCCGAUUUGCAAGGCGGUAUGACCCUCACUGGCGCUGUGAAGUCGAUCGAAGACCGGGGCUACAUCAUCGAUCUUGGAAUUUCAGUUGAUUCAAACGUCGACUCCGCUACAUCUCAGGCAUCUGCGAACAACCUCACUGCAUUCAUAUCCUUCGCCGACGCUACGAAAGCUACCGGAGUCAACCACCAAGAUGAACCAUCGCUCCAAUGGGAAGUAGGCCAAGUCAUUUGGUGCAGAAUCAAUAAACUCUCCGAAAACGGUGCAACAUGCAUGGUCUCAGUCAAUGCUCAAGAUAUCUCUCGAUCAGUACUGACUGCGGCUACCAACAUCGAUUCCAUACUGCCUCUACACAUGGUCUCGUGCCUGAUUACCUCAGUGAUACCCGGUCAAGGCCUCAAUGUAACCUUGCUGGGAUUCUUCAAGGCUACAAUUCAAGUCCCCCACCUCGAAUGUCACUCAACAGCUGGAGUCGAUCUGAGUGAAAAAUUUAAGGUCGGGCAGAAGCUUCGUGCCCGGGUGUUAUGGGAUACGAUCCCUUCGAAGAACCACGUUUCGCUUGAAGGAAAUGAGUCCUUGCUAGGACCUAAAAUCUUCAGUUUGAGCAUAUUCGAUCAUGUCGUUAAGCUCGACACUCCCGGCCUGCCGACUCACCUACAGAACGGAGAGCGAACCAGAUGCGACAAAAUCGACCAGCUGCUCCUGUAUCCAAUCGGCUACACCUUUCAGACAGUCCGGAUAUUCCGUGUUGACGAGGAAUGGGGAGUAUAUGCAACUUGUGUUAACGGUGAAGACGGACUUCCUAUCGAGAUCGAUCCUCCAGUUGCCUUUGCGCAUAUCGCUACCAUCUCGGAUUCCUUCCUGUCUUGCCUCUCAAAAGAUAGUGGCCCUUACAAAGUAGGCACAACUCACAAAGCCCGAGUCACUGGGGUAUCUCCAGUCGAUGGCGUUCUACAGUUAACCCUGCAGCCCUCCGUGGUCGAGCAAGCCUACAUGCGCUCUGAAGACAUUCCGAUCGGUGCAUUGAUGAAUGGCACAAUCAAAAAGCUCACUGCCACCAAUCUCAUUGUACGCAUCGAAGGAGGCCACGACGCUGUUGUUUGGCCCGACCAUUAUUCAGAUGUCAAGCAUGCCCAUCCUGAGAAAAAGUUUGCACCAGGGGCCAAAGUAAAGGCUAGGGUUCUUUACACAAAUCCGGACAGAGAUCAAAUCGUCUUAACGCUACGGAAAACACUCGUGCGAGCCGAUGAAAUCAUUACCUCUUACGAGUCAGCCUCAGUGGGUACAUGCGCCUGGGCGAUGAUAACGAAGGUCGAGGAAAAGUUCAUGCUCAUUGAGUUUUUUGGCCAUACUAAAGGUUUGGUUCCCAGAGCUGAAGCAGAGGCAGGAUACGUCGAAUCAAUGAAGCCAAUCUUCACGCCUGGCAGACUAGUCAAAGUGAAGAUUAUUAAUGUUGAUGUUGAAAAACGUCGCAUUUUGGCGAGCGUCAAGCGUUCAACCUCUGAUGAAGCUUCGAAACUCUCAACGGUUAUUGAUGUUGGAGAUCAAGUCUCGGCCUUUGUCACAGCGAUUCGUAAUGCAUUUAUCCAACUGGACUUACGCCACAUCAACGCCGACCCCAGCAGUAGCGAACCAGUCAAAGGACUAAUAAGUGUUGAAAUUCUUGCUAAAAAGUACGACAUCAGCCCUGAAGCGCUGAAAAAUCAGUUGAAGGCAGGCGAUGAGGUGAAAGAUUUGAUUGUUCACACGAAAGACAAAGAAAAAGAACUCUUGAUAGUUGGGUACAAAUCAGCAUCGAUGCCUCAAGAACAGAUGACUGGCCCGAUACGAUUCAUCCAUGACAAGAAUCUUGUCCUGAACCUGCGCAAAGUACAUCAGGCGCCAUCGAGUGAAAGCUAUGUUGAAGGCUUUCUACCAAUUCACUUACUUGCCGAGCAUCGAAAAACCCCCAUCGAUACGUUGAAAGCCCAACUUUCCAUCGGAGAAGAGAUCACGGGGUUACGGCCGAUUCACAAAGACUCCUCUCGAGGCCUGUUGAUCGUUGGUUUUCCGAACUCUGACCCUGGCAAAUUUUCCUUCACUUCACCUCAGCCAGAGACACUUUCGGUUUCAGAUCGUGUUGUAGGUCGAAUUUUUAACAUCUUAGACACAAGUAUAACUUUAAGUCUACGUAAAGAAGGUACUGAAGGAUAUGCCAAAAGCCGAGGCAUCAUUACACCUAGUCAAUUGGCCAAACACCGCCAGAUAUCCGAAGAACAGCUGCGAUUGGAGUUAAAGCCCGGUGAUUAUAUCUAUGACCUGAUUGUUCGGAAGAAAGCAGAGGAAAUCGACUGUUAUCAUUUGGGGUUUGCCCCUUCUGAAAAGGCUGUCCCAACUAUCGAGCUAUCAGUUGGCGAUCCCGUCAUCGGCACAAUCGAGGCCAUUCACGAGAAAAACGUGAUACUCUCUUUGCAAAGAGAAGGGUGCGAAACCAACGGAGCCGACGUCAUCAAUCAAGGGCUCAUUUCAGUGCAGGUACUGGCUGGUCAUCGCAACCUAAACGAGAAAAAUCUUAAACAAAAACUGAAAGAAGGCCAGAAGGUUACAAAGCUGGUGGUUAAGAAGACCGACACCGGUAGGGGCCUCGUCAUCGUGGGCUUCGCCUCUCCUCACUUCCCACUCCCGCCUUCUCACAGUGAAUUUGCGGUCGGCAAAACCCUAAGAGUUCGCGUUAGCGGUAGAGAUGCCAAUGGUCUGACUGUGACGCCCGUCGACACCUCACCAGUGGAAGGUAGAUUUCUCAUUGAUUAUACUGACACCACCGACGAUUACGAUGAACCCUCGAAGUAUCAAGACGGCUCUGAAAUCACAGCUUGUGUUAUCCAAAUCGAUAAGAAAUCGCUCACAACUUAUCUUUCCGUUCGUCCCUCUGAUCUCAACAAACUGACCAACGAGUCCCUAAAGAGCUCCGUCAAAGACCGACCCAUCCGCCAGUGGAAAAAUCUUCGUAUUGGUACAGCCAUUCGGGGAUUUGUGCAAAGAGUAACUGACCACGGUCUGAUGCUGCAAGUUGGUACAAACAUCCGUGCACAAGUCAGUGUUCAAGAUUUAUUUGACGAAGACAUGCCUGACUGGAAGAGUAAGUUUCGCAUCGGUCAAGUCGUCUCAGGAAAGAUUAUUUCGCUUCACAAUCACAAAGCACGGGUCAGCCUCCGAGAAAACCCUAGCGCUCCGAAAGGUGUCCCGGUCUGGGAAAAACUUCAAAUAGGCCAGAUACUUUCAACCGAAGUAAGCAAUAUUCAAACCUACGGGAUGUUCCUCAAAGUUCCGAAGAGUAAAAUAAGUGGCCUGUGUCACAGAACUCAAAUUUACGAUGAUCCAAAGGAUUAUGAGGAACAUAAGAAAGACUGGAAUAAAGCCUACAGUGAAGGUAUGAAAUUGAAGGCAUCGAUCAUUUCACUCGAUGUUUCCAAGAAAAAAGUUUCCUUCGCCAUCAAACCCUCUGUCGUAAACCCUGAAGCCAACAGCGCAGCCGAAGAUCUAAGUCCCGAGGUCAUUCAAAUAACGGACCAUGACUCAGAUGAAGACACGGAUGAUGACGCCUCACAUCCUGAAGGGUCGCUACUCCCCACUUCUAACGUGGACGAAGCUCAAACAAAGGCGCAUCCUGCGACUGUGAGCAUUGAUUUCACUGAGCCAUGCCUACCGAUAUCCACUGGCUUCACCUGGGAUGCCAAUCGAUCCGGGACCGACAAUGUAGAAGAUCAAGAUGAACAAUCUACCGAUACCGAUGAUGCCGCCGAACGGGGUUCAGCAGAGGUCACUUCUGAUCCUACCGACCAGCAGUCCGUAGAUGAGAUUGAAAGGUUGUUAAAGUUGUCACCCAACUCGUCUCACCUCUGGAUUCGACUCAUCACUAUCUACAUCCAGAAGCUUGAUAUUCCUCAAGCCCGCGAGACGGCGGAGAGGGCAUUAGAGGCGAUCCAUUAUCGCGAGGAAGGCGAGAAGUGGAAAGUUUGGAUUGCGCUCUUGAAUUUAGAAAAUACCUACGGUACUGAGGAGCAAUUCCGUGAGACUUUCAAAGAGGCAUCCGCAAGAAAUGAUACUAAGACAGUCUAUCUCAAGGUAGCAGAGAUUUAUUCAGAAAGCGGGAAAACAGAAAAGGCUGAUGAAAUUUACAGCCAAGCGCUGAAGAAGUAUAGCCGUAGCUCCAAAGUCUGGACCUUAUAUGGUGGAUUUUGCUUGAAAAAUAAUCGGCCGACUGACCCCUCAAGUUUACUCUCUCGCAGUUUGAAAAGCUUACCUCAGCAUAAACAUGUAAAGACGAUAGCCAAAUUUGCUCAACUUCAAUUCAAAUUUGGGGACCCAGAGAAAGGACACACACUUUUUGAAGGGCUGGUUGAUACCUAUCCCAAGCGUUUGGACCUUUGGAACGUUUACAUUGACCUCCACAUCAAAGCUGGUAGUACCGUUGAAACUAUUCGGGGCUUGUUCAAUCGCAUGCAGAAAUUGAAAUUCAAUCCAAAGCGAAUGAAGUCCAUAUUCAAGAAGUGGCUUUCCUUCGAGCAAACACAUGGCGAUAAGGAGAGUCAAGGUAUUGUCGUUCAACGAGCUCAGGAUUAUGUGGCAACCCUGAUGUCCUCAUCUUCAAAUAAACAAAUGGAAGAGUCCGAUCAAGAGGAAUAGAUUUUUUCUUUCCUGGUAAUGAUUAUAAUGAUUUCUGAUUUUUAGCACACAUUAGUUUAGACCAGAAAAUAAAUUUCAUUCAUCAUCCGGAUUACUGUUUUGUAUUUCCAGUUUCAAUUCAUUUUUGCUUCUUUUGAAAAAAAAAAUCAUCGUUUCUUUGAUUUCAUUGUUAGCUGCGUGAUCAGAAUGAAG